AUGACAGUUUACAGUCCUGCUGCGCAGACUGCGCUUAUUAAAGCCGUGAGCCCCGUCUUCUUAACACCGUCUACACCGUCUUCUAGUCCGCUCACCCAAGAUACACCUCAGAUCAAGCGAGUAUUCGAACCGAAACGAAUGGUAGAAUCCUACGAAGACCUCGUCGACGGCGUCACACUUGGUUUGAUUCUACAUCAGCUAGAUCCCAGUUUUGACACAUCCGCGCUCGAGACAAGUUCGAACACCUCCCGACACCUGAAUCACAAGCGCAAUAUCCAGAACAUCUACAAGGGCCUUUUCCGCUACAUUCGACGUUCCGUCCCCGAGCUUGCUUGCCAGGCCAAGAAGUUCGAUUACCAUGCCAUUGCUGAGAACCCUGAUGCUCAGGGAAUUAGCCAGAUCCUGGCUGUUAUGCUAGGUGUUGUUAUCCUAGGCCCUCAACGUAAUCACUAUAUCCCCCGAGUCACUGGCCUCGACAAGCAAACGCAGGCGGAGAUUAUGCAAAUCAUCCAGACCAUACAGCAAGAUAUCAACGACUCACAAGGAGAUGAAGAAGUUGAGGAAGCUAUCGAAUCUGUCAUGGAAGCUCGAGACAUUGAUCUUCUUGUCGAGGAGCAGAAUGCAGCCUUGCGGUCACAACUCGAAUCGACCAAGAGGCAGCUAUCGGACUACUACACAAGACUUGAUCAUCUUCAAACAAGUCACGAAGAACUUCGAUAUGAAAAGGAGAAGAAUGACCGAGAGCUCGAAGUUCUGCGAAAAGCCACUGUAGAUGGUGCUAACAAUGCCGAGAUGAUCAAGAACCUGGAAAUUCAGGUACAUGAUCAAAUGGAGCUCAUCUCCAGACAUGAAGAAACGAUACGCAGAGAUGAGCGCAUCAAAUCGCAACUCGAGGCCGAAGUGAUAAAGCUGACGGACAAGUGCAAAUACGCUGAGGAGCUUCAAGACCAAGCGACCGAGUGGAAGCACAAAGCCGAGGACUUUGAGAAGAAGGCCAAUACCGCAGAGCGGUACAAGCAGAAACUCGAGUCCCAACAGCAUCUUGUCAAAGAAGUUCAGAACCUCCAAUACGAGAAGACUGAGCUACAAGAUCAGAUCAGAAUUCUGUUAGAUGAUCAGGACAGAGGCGCUCGCACCAGGAAAGCAGAAGACGAGUUGACCAAAAUGAUUACUCAGUCCGAGCAGCAUCUAUGGGACGAACGCAGCCAGAAGAACCAGCUAAUGAAGGACAUCGCGGCGCUUGAGGACGAAGUGAUUCGUCUGAGAGCAAGACAAAGCCAUGAUGAAAACUUCAUCAAGGAUCUCCAGGAGCAGCUCGAGAGCGGCGAAGGCGCUCAAAAUGCAGUGCCUGGUGCGCUGGGCAUGGCAUCUAGUCUUGAGGAUGAGCUUAACGACGCAGCUAACGAGGACACCCAGCCAGGCCAAGUGAACAUUCCCCUCGAAUUGUCCCGCCUGAAGGCCGAGAAUGAUUUGCUGCGCAGUACAGUUGGUUCCGGAGAUACUGCUCCACUCCGCAGGGAGCUUGACGAAGAGAAGAGGCAGCGUGCUCAUCUUCAGAAGAACUACAACGAUGUUUACGAAAAGCAUGCUGUUCUUCACGAUCAAAUGGAGGCUCUGAUCAACAACAUGACCGGCGAAGGGUUAGUCAAAGCCAUCAACGAUGCUUGCUCACCUGAAGGAACACACAUACUUACUGCCGACUUCUACAGGACUAAAGCAUUUAUUAACAUCAAGCAAACACUCAUGCAGUGCCAGUUUGAGCUGGAACAGUCUAAGAAGCGGGAGAAAGAUCUCUCUGCUCAGGUUGCUGACCAAGGUCGCGAACUUCUUGCUGCCAAAGCCCAGCUUUCUGCGCUUGACAAAGAAGGCGCCGAUGCUAUCAAGGAAAUCAAGAGCUCCGAUGUGGUUAUCAUCUCAUCUCUCAAGUCUGAGCUUGACCAUGCUCGGGAACAGCUCAGUUAUUGUACUUCGGAGAGAGAUGCUCAGCAGACCCAACUUGUCGAAGCACUUCUUGCCAAAGAUAAGCUGCGCAAGGAGGUUGAAGAGGGCAGGGAGCUGCAAGAUAUCACCGGUAGUGGUGACGGUGAUGCGCCCGAUGGCAGCAAGAAGGGUGAGCUGAUUGAGAAACUACGAAAUCGUCUCAGAGAAAUCCGUGAGGUGAGUUCUAGUGCUUUCUACGAUGCAAUUGUCCACGGCGAUGAGGACGACCAAGUGGUCCCAGUCGACAGCAAAUCGUCCAAGGAAGAUAAAGAUGAUUGCCAUUCCUUAGUAGAAUUUGGGUGCAAGGACGCAAACAUGGCCACAAUACCAUCUCCUCGAGCGCAACUGGAGCGAUCGGAGACAGAAAGGAUUGACCUACAACGUAAGUUGAAGGCCGCCCAUGACGGCGAGGCUGUGGCAGCACAAAAGGCCGCAAGUGAUGAAAUUAUCCGGAACCUCGAAAGGGAGAACUCUCUCAUUGCAUCAGCUUGGUAUGAUCUUACAAGCCGGCUUCAAAGUAACCAUGUCGUUUUGCAACGACGGCACGAAGCUCCACGGAGCUGGCUUAACAAGCAGAGGCAGAUGGUCAAUGGUCAGUUGCGCUUCCGCGACUCGCUCUACCUCUACUGA